AAGGAUCUUUAAACUCAUGGGGCAACCUAGAUAGAUAUUUGACUACACAGAUCAGGUUAAAUAUAACUGCUUGUACGUUUAUAACGUGCGUUGAUAAAGUAUAAGUUUAACAGUAAAGUGCGACGUGUAAUUAAUAAGACAGAUUUGUUUUUUUCUUUAAAAAGCUGCGGAACACUUGAGCCUCGCUCUUGGAAAAACGGGCUUAAUGGAUGUGCAUAAAGGAUUGCCCAAUAGAAGCAUAUGAAGUCUGCACAUGCUAAGCAGGGACGACACUUUACUCCAUGAUUGGAUAUUCAUUUAGAAGCAGGUUUUCCUUUAGAGCAUCACUCGUCUGCAUUCUCCAAAAUGGCUCGAGGUUCAGUGCCAACUCGAGAAGUAGAAAGAUUUUUGAAUAUCAUCCGAGCAGAAAAUGUUGAUGACAAUAUCUUCAAGAGAGAUAAGGUGCGCAUUUUAUUCCAAACACGAUUUCAAAACGAACGCUCAACAGGAAAUAGAUAUUCAUUCGGUCAAAUGAUCAGGCAGAUGACACAGUCCAGAAUAGCACACGAAUUAGGCGACUAUUAUAUCUUCGGUAACGAAGUACAAGUUCUAUUUGAAAGAAUUGCGAACAAUUCGGAGUUUACGAAUACGUUAGAAGACUGGAGAAAGACUGCUAGGAAUAAUCCGUUGUUUUGUGAGAUUUGUGGGAUCGUUUGUACGUCUGAGAGAUCGCUUGUUGAACACCAAUUAGGCAGCAGACACCGAAUUCGCAAACUGCAUGUGGACAUUUAUCAAAGGAGGAAUGAGCUGAUACGGGUUCCUGAAGGUCUGCGCCUCGAGUGCAAUCCAACCAUUCAAAAUGGAAGAAUGGAAAUGGUCUGCAAACCUGGUGAGAUUAAGACAAUGACCAUCAACAUCCAAAAUUGCGUUACUGAGCAAGGUGUUGAUGUUGUCUUGCAGAGACACAUAUUUCUGUGGGACACGGGUAUGUUCACGCUGUACAUGAGGUCUGGUCGAGGGGGACACAACCAGUGGAGUGUUUUCAAUCGAACAAACUUACAUAUUACGCCAGGUGAAACACGGUAUUUUGAAAUCAGAGGCAAAGCUCCAUUAGAAGACUUUGGCCAUCACUAUGUUCCUUUGGCAUUGUUUUUUGUUAAGAAAUCUAGAACACAACAGGGCACCAGGAGUCAGGAAGAAAUGGAUUCGACACAAUAUAAAUUUUUAAUAUAUGUGUCCCUGCAUGUACUUGGGGAAUUGCACGAUGACUUAGCCCCGACGUCCGUUUAUGAAGGACGCGAGAACGUUCAAGAAUAUAGUUAUCAAGUGACAGAGCCUGGUGAAAGACUUCCUGAGAACUCAAGAAACGGUUUAGCUGGCAGGUUGACACCAUUCCGUAUUCCGCCAUAUCUGUAUAAUCAGAUAAGGAAAUCAAAUAAGGCAGCAAUCGUCAAUGGAAGGAUGAAAUUAAACUCACGAUAUCUCACGGACAUACUAGAUUGUCGCACAACAGCAGAGAAUUAUGUUACGAAGUUUCAACAUUUAUUAUGGAUUGAAGAGAUACAAUUGCUCAUUGAUAUCCAACAAUAUAACAUGGCAGGAGUGACAUUAGAGCGACUUCAAAGCAAGAUGCGUCUUGCGGUCCCAGGUCUUGUUGAGAACAGACCAUCGGUUAUGCGAGGAGACCGCCUGUACAUUUACAUCUCUGACAGGCUGUCAGAACGAACAGGUCACCCUGAGGAUCAGUUGAAUGUUGCCAUUGGAAACAUUGUCCUAAAUAUGGAAUGUGAGGCGGAUGAACAGCGAGGGAGACGAAACGUUCGCUAUGAAGGGGUUGUUCACAAGGUUGAAUUAGAACAUGUUCUUCUUGGUGUUUCAGCAAGGUUAAGAAGAUCAUGGUCAAUAGGAAAACGAUACAAUGUGGAAUUUCAAGUUUCACCGUAUAACAUGUGGGUCCAACAUCGAGCAGUCAAGCUCGCAGUCUCAUACAUGGAUAUUUUGUUUCCAGACACAGUGGCUUUACUGGCUGAACACUCGCUCAUAGCACGAAGAGAAUCGAUUGAUGACCUAAAUCCCGAACAACAGACGGCAGUGAGGAAUAUUGUACAAGGAACCAGUCGUCCUGCUCCGUACAUUAUCUUUGGUCCGCCGGGAACCGGGAAAACUGAAACUGUUACUGCGGCCAUCAAACAGGUAUACAAUCUACAUCAAGAUAGCCGUAUUCUUGUUUGCUGUCCAGAAAACUCUGCUGCAGAUCAUAUCAUGCAGAUUCUUCUGACUUCGGAUGAACCAAAUAUGAAGGAGGAGACAUUUAGGAUGUAUGCUUUAUCGCGGAAACCUGAAACAUUACCUGAGAGAAUUAUUGCAUCUGGGCGGCACAACUUUGAUCGGACCGGCGAGUGCUUCUUCUAUCCGACCGUUGCGACACUCAUGGGCUACCGGAUUAUUGUAACGACGCUAAUGACGGCUGGGAGGAUGGUGACAGCGAGGUUUCCUAAGAAUCACUUCACGCACAUCUUCAUUGACGAAGGUGGUCACGCUGUGGAACCAGAAUGCAUCGUGCCUAUAACGGGACUGAUGGAUCCAACAGCUGAACAUGGCCGCGCACAGUUGGUGAUUGCUGGUGAUCCCAAACAGCUUGGACCAAUCAUACGAUCAAAAAUAGCUCUGAACUUUGGUUUGCCUAUUUCUUUAAUGGAGAGAUUGAUGGACGAUAUCACGAUGUACAAGACUCCAUACAAUCCACGCUACAUCACCAAACUUAUCCGCAACUACCGGUCACAUGACAUGAUUCUUGAAAUCCCACGACGACUGUUUUACGACAACGAGCUUCAGGCCUUUGGUGAUCCAAAAGUCCUUAACUGCAUGCUAGGCUGGGAUAUGUUGCCAAACAGCAAGAUUCCUAUUAUGUUCCACUCAGUGUUUGGAACAGAGGAACAGGCGGGCGACAGUCCAUCGUGGUUUAACAGAGAUGAAAUCGCCCAGAUAGACAUGUAUCUGACUAAACUGAUGUCAAACACACACCACCACCUAAACUCCUCAGAUAUUGGAAUCAUAGCUCCUUACAAAAAACAGGUUGCCAAGAUAAGACGAAUGCUGAUAGCUAAUAGACAUAUUCUGAACCAGAACGAAAUAACUGUCGGAUCAGUUGAAGAAUUCCAAGGUCGAGAGUUCAAGGUCAUAAUCAUAUCCGGUGUACGCAGUGAUAUGAAUGCUUCUUACACGGACAUAGACUAUGUUUUCAAUCUUGGCUUCAUGCGUAACCCAAAGCGCUUCAAUGUUGCCAUGACACGUGCUCGUGCACUGCUUAUUGUGAUUGGAAACCCCAUAACGCUGGAACAGGACGAAUGUUGGAAAACAUUUAUUGACUAUUGUGACGAGAACAAUGCAUUCAAAGGACCGCGUCCUCGACGUAACAACAGAAGAAAUAACACCGAUUCUGCAGCAACGAGUAGCACCGAUCAUCGAUGACGUUUCGAGUCACCAUGCCGUCAGCAGAGCAUAAGGAUUGACGGACUAAUUAGCGGUUGAUACUGUGUACAGAUCGGACAAAAUAGUUUGUGUCCAUGUUUUCCGAGUCUUUGUAGUAUGUUUCAGAAUAAGCAAAUUUUAACGUGUUGCUUGAAAUGCAUUGUAUAUUUGUUUUUAAUAUCCUCUUAAAUAAUCAAUUUUGAUUGUAAUAAUCAACAUAAACAGUGUUUCAAUCAAAAGCAUAUCUUAACAGUAACCCAAUAUUCAAAUAUAUUGAAUUCAUUACGACGUAUUGACCUUAUAAUUACGUUAUAUUUUUUCACGCUGUGAACUCUUAAAUU